UUCCUCUGCAGAUGAAGGCUGGACGAAGGUGUGUGUGAGCUGAUCCAGUGGAUCCAGUCAAUCCAGCAGCAUGGAUCAGUGUGAGGACACACAGGAGGGAGCUCUGCAAAGACGGAAACAGAUAGAACAAAGACUUCAACCUGGAAUCGGAUCAGGAUCUAGCUGGAGGUCCUUCAGGAGUGACAGUUUAGAUAAUUAUUUAACGAAAUUCAAAAACAGCCGUUCAAGAGUGAACCAGAUCCAACAAAGACUUCAACCUGGAUCGGGAUCUAAGGGGGGGUCCUUCAGGACUGACGGCUCAGAGGAUUAUCUAAGUAAAUUCAAAAACAGCUGUACAAGAGUGAAACAGCUCUCACAGAAGUUUAGAUCUAACUCCAGAUCUGGAUCCAGCUGUGUGUCCAACAGAAGUGACCUGUCAAAGGGUUGGAUUCCUGACUUCAAGGACAUCAUUUCAGGAGUGGAACAAGCCCAACAGGUCACACAAAGAUUCCAGUCUGCAACAUCCAGUUGUGGCUCCUUGAAGAGUGACCAGUCCAGAAGGAUUCCUCCACUCUUCAGAAGUGAACCAGAACCUUCAGACUCACAAGAGAAGGAGAAAAGUGGACCCCAGUCUGCAGAAAGACCCAAAGCUGCAGAUGUUGAUCUGAAGGAGAUUUUCGGAGAACAUCGGAUUAAUCUGAGGAGCAGAAGUGAACAUGUGGAUGAAGGAACUGAAGAAGCAGGAAGAGAAACGCUCCUCAACGAGGUCUACACUGAGCUCUACAUCACAGAGGAACUGAGACGAGAGGUUAACACGCAACAUGAAGUGAUGCAGCUGGGGACAACCACCAAGACCAACAAGCUCCAUGACACUGCAAUCAAGAACCGAGACAUCUUCAAAGUCUUCCCUGACCAACACAGAUCCAUCAGAGUGGUUCUGACCAGCGGAGUUGCUGGAGCUGGAAAAAGCUUCUCAGUGCAGAAGUUCACUCUGGACUGGGCCGAGGGCUUGGAGAACCAAGACAUCAGUGCUGUGGUUCUUCUUUCCUUCAGGGAGAUGAACUUGAUCAGAGAUGAGCAGCACAGUCUUCUCACUCUGAUCCAGCUUUUCCAUCCAACACUCCAGAAGAUCCCAGCAGAACAGCUGUCUGUCUGCAAACUUCUGUUCAUCUUUGAUGGUCUGGAUGAAAGCAGACUUUCUCUGGACUUCAACAACAGUCAGGUGGUGUCUGAUGUCACACAGAAGUCCUCAGUCAAUGUGCUGCUCACUAACCUCAUCCAGGGACGUCUGCUUCCCUCAGCUCUGGUCUGGAUCACUUCCAGACCUGCAGCAGCCAAUCAGAUCCCUCCUUCAUGUGUGGACAGACUGACAGAAGUACGAGGCUUCAAUGAUGCUCAGAAGGAGGAGUACUUCAGGAGGAGAUUCCCAGAUGAAGAGCUGUCCAGCAGAAUCAUCUCCCACAUCAAGGGCUCCAUGUCCCUCUACAUCAUGUGUGAAGUUCCAGUCUUCUGCUGGAUCACUGCUGUGGUUCUGGAGAACAUGCUGACCACAGAGCAGAGAGGAGAGCUGCCCACCACCCUGACUGACAUGUACUCACACUUCCUGAUGGUCCAGACAAAGAGGAAGAAGAACAAGUACCAGCAGGAACAUCAGACAAGUCCACAAGAGCUGACAGAAACUGAGAAAGAAGUUUUUCUGAAGCUCGGGAGGCUGGCAUUAGAACAUCUGGAGAAAGGAAACAUCAUGUUCUACCAAGAAGACCUGCAGCAGUGUGGUCUGGAUGUCACAGAGGCCUCAGUGUACUCUGGAAUUUGUACUGAGAUCUUCAGAAGAGAGUGUGAGAUCUUCCAGAAACCGGUCUACAGCUUUGUUCACCUGAGCGUUCAGGAGUUUCUGGCUGCAGUCUACCUGUUCCACUGUUACUCCAACAGGAAGAUAAGAGUUGUUGAGGACUUCCUGAAGUACAACAUGGAGAACCCAUCUCUAGAUAAAUUUCUGAGUAGAGUCAUUAAGAAAUCCCUGCAGAGUAGAACUGGACACCGGGACCUGCUUGUUCGCUUCCUUCAUGGUCUCUCUGUAGAAUCCAACCAGAGACUCUUAGGAGGCCUGCUGAGUCAGCCAGAGGAAAAUCCAGAAACCAUCCAGAAAGCCAUUGACAACUUGAAGGAGAUCAAUGCUUGGGGAGUUUCUCCUGACAGAAACAUCAACAUCUAUCACUGUCUGAUGGAGACGAAGGACCUCUCAGUUCAUCAGGAGAUCCAAGAGUUCCUGAAGUCAGAGAACAAAUUAAAGAAGAGACUCUCAGUGAUCCACUGCUCAGCUCUGGCCUACACUCUGCAGAUGUCAGAGGAGGUUCUGGAUGAACUGGACCUGAAACAGUACAACACAUCAACCGAAGGUAAACGAAGACUGAUGCCAGCUGUGAGGAACUGCAGAAAGUUCAGAAUCCCAGCAAGAGUUGUACUCUCAAAGACUGACUAUGAAAUUGUGGCCUCAGCUCUGAAGUCCAACUCGUCCCGCCUGACAGAACUGGACCUGAGCCCUAAUGAUAUUAAGAAUUCAUCCAUGAAGAUUCUGUGUUCUGGACUGGAGAGUCCAAACUGCAGACUGCAAACUCUGAGGUCAGAACAUUGAAGCUGCUGGUUGGUUCAUUUCUACAUUUGUAGUUCUUCACUGAAGCUGAAAGGUUUGGAUUCAAAGAGUUUCUGGA